ACACGUGAGCGUCAGGGAUUUGCUACGAGUCGUGCUGCUUUUGAAGGAGCACCGAGCUGUCAAACUUGCUGCAUUUUUGCAGGUUUUAUUUUUUUGUCGAUUUGCACCUGCCAGUGUCCAUUCAGAGGCCAUACUUCGUCGAAGAGAAUAUGGAAUACUUUUGGAGAUCUUUUUUUAGAAGUUCCUGAUUGAGGCCCCCUCCUCCCCCCCAAGCCCCACACGUUUAAGCUUGACGGCUGUAAUAUGUGCUGGAAAAUGAGCAGCUAAGGACUAAAAGGUCUCGUGUUUACUCCAGGAGCCCACCAUGCUGCUUUCAACAUGGAUGUCAUCUCUUUCACGAAAGAUACAGUGCUGUCUGAUAUUCACUUGUUUCUUCCAAACAAAAGGCAUCUUAUGGUUCGGUUGAAUGCUGCAGAGCAGCCAGUUUUUGUUUCACAGUACAGAAUACUAUGUGAUGGAGAAAAAUGGGAAAAUAAUGACACCUGCUGUGCCUCCAAUUUGAACUUGUCUUGCUCAAAGCAAGCCUCUGGAUAUGAAGAGUGUGAGCACAGAGUAGAAAAAAUAGAUGUCCUUAGGCCAGAAUAUUCAGAGAGGCAGGAUGGAGACGAGCAGAGUGGCCCAGAGGUCAAAAGUUGUCUGCUGGAUGAGGAUGGAGAUCUGGAUGUGUUAAGAAGACCUGAGUAUAAAGUUAGUGCACCAGAAAAUUGCCUUGACAGAGAAAAAGUAUGUCCUACGAUACUUAGCAAAGGAGAGGAGUUUGAAAAUGAAGAUGAAGAGCAAACCACUCCAAAUGUAAUUAUUAUUGAGCAUACAAUGGCCACGCCUUUAGAAGAUGUGGGUAAACAGGUUUGGCGAGGAGCAUUCCUGAUGAUUGAUUACAUUCUUUCACACGUAGAUCUGUUUAAAGGCAAUACAGUACUUGAGCUGGGUGCAGGCACAGGUAUUGCAAGCAUUGUCAUGGCUACUGUUGCAAGGAGAGUUUAUUGCACAGAUGUCGGCCUUGAUUUGCUGAGUAUGUGUAAGAGGAAUGUUUCUUUAAACAAGCAUCUCUUGGAGCCAAUGGGAGGACAGGUUAAAGUACGUGAACUGGACUGGCUGAGAGACGAUUUUUCCAUUGGUACACAGAAAGAAUUCAGUUGGGCUGAAAAUGAGGUUGCAGAUCUCCAUGACACUACAACUUCUUUAAUUUCUGCAGAUGUGUGCUAUGAUGAUGACCUCACAGAUGCCUUUUUUAGGACCGCGUACCGAAUAAUGAGCAACCUAAGGCAUCCCAGCACGUUUUAUAUUGCUAUAGAGAAAAGGCUAAAUUUUACUCUAAGACGCAUGGAUAUAUCUUGUGAGGCUUAUGAGCAUUUCCGCUGUUGCCUGAGAGAUCUACAGAACAUUGUGGAUGGUAAAAUGAAUUUUACAGUGGAGCCAGUAAAAGUAAACUUUCCACAGUUCCUUAAAUAUGAGCGUAUAGAGCAGUUGGAGCUUUGGAAAAUUACUGCCACUAUGGCAGCUUACAGUAAAGAGCCAUCGACAGAGCAAUAAUUCGCUUUUAUAAUAUGCUGUUGGAGAUUUGUACUGAAGACAUUAACACUUGGAGUAUGCUAUUCAUAUGAGAUUUGUACAUUUUUGUUAUUUUUAUCUUUAUUGCAAAAUCAACUUGUUUUAAUGUAAUUUUUUAGAGAACUGCAUGUGGAAGUACCUACUAUUAUUGUCCUUUUCUUACUUGACGUUGUAGGUCAAAGGAUUAACUUUAUUACCUCUCAUUUUAUAUUUAUUUUAAUGAGGACAUAAAACAGAUUGAAUUACUGAAUACUGAAGUUUGAAACACUAGUAAAACAAGCCUGAGGAAUGUUUAUAUCUUGAUUGCUUUUUCUAUGAAAUGUAUGUAGUGUGAAUAUGAGAUCGUCUUUAGGUUUGUUUGAAAGCAUAUGCAGCAUGUUUGAAAAGUAUCAUGAAUUUAAUUUAGCAAUUUCUUUUAGUAAAAUAAAUUAUUUUUAUAAAAAGGUUGUGUAGCAUAUUUAAAAGACAAAGGCUGCAACCCUAGGGUGUAUUAGUGUAAAUGUAUUCGCACAGAAAAAGUCAGACAAACAAUGAAAAUUGAUUUUUAUGAAUGAUUUAAGUUAUUUUGAUGUCUAGUUUGUCUAUGCAGGAUUUAUUAUUUUCAGUUGACUUAUCAGACUUAAGCAGCAGCUUUUUCACAUGAAAUGUAAAACCUGAAGAACUAUGCCUCUCUAAUGUGGUUUAUUUUCUAUAAUAGAAAACCAAGCAGAUUGAUUUUAGCCUUCCUCUGCUGAGAAGACCAAUGCCAUAGUGGUAUUUAAAGUUUUUUUAUUGUCAAGGUAUUGUUAAAUAUGAGGCCCUAGAACAUUAAGGUGAUACACUAUUCUGUGUCACUACACCACAAAGUUGUUGACAAAAUUAUUCAACCUAAAAGGUAGUCUGUUAUCUCUGUUAUACUGUAUAAGGUAUCUGUUAAUGUGAGACGAUGUGUAUUUCCCUGAAUUUGAGUGCUGAUGACUAUUUGGAUUUUGUUAGUUUAUAGCAUGUGAAAUGAGUGCCUGAAGGAACCUGCAAUAAAAUAAUAUAAAAAUCGCAGCUUAUAUGUCAAAGGGAACUUUGCCUAGUCACUUAAAAGUUGACAGUGAACCUUUUCUUUGUAGUUGCAGAAGUGCUGCAUAAGUACAAUUUGUAUUUGCUUACCCAGUUUGAUCCUUUUUCCCAAGGUUGAACUAUGACAGAGUCUAUACCUUUUCCAGACAGUCUUUAAAAAUAGCUUGUAAUAUUUCCACAUCAUCACGUUAUUGGUUUCUCAAUAGUGCUGUUUAAAGGUUAAUGUUCUCUGUAAUAGACUAGUUGAGGAGCUGCAUCUGCAAAAGGAAACAAAAAGUACAGGUUAUUUGCAAUAUGAAAAAAUAAAAAACACAAUAUGUUUAA